AUGAAGAAGACGAAGACGACACCAGUGGCCAUGCAGUUUAAGCGGCCACGAGACGGUCAGGCUGCAAGAUUCAAGCAGCAAAAGCACAAGACUAAGCAGAAGGUGGAGAUCAUGCGGCCUUGGACGACACCACAAUAUGAGGAGCUGUCGAAGGAAGAGCGCGAUAUUGUACUGGAUCGACUUCAGAAAGAGGUGGCGGACGUGCCGUUUACAUGUAGUCACGCAGUGCAAGGCGUGAAUCAGGUGGCCAAGGCAGUAGCCAGAGGGGAGCUACGAGUCGUAGUUUUUGCCAACAAUCCCGAAUCGCUGGUGUUUGGUCAUCUGCCGUUGCUCUGUCGACUGCAUCAGGUGCCCAUUUGCGUACUGCAUCUCUCGUCCAAGACAUUUGGUCGACUCUUUGCGCUCAAAAGCAUGGUAGCUAUUGGAAUUCGAUCGCCUAAGUUGAAAGAGAAUGAGACUAUGACGAGCUGUGAAAAACAGUACGUAACUGGUAUGACUGCUACCGAUACCACUAGUUUUGCUACUGUUGUGAGGAAGAAGAGAUUCAAACAAGUGACGGAAGGCGAAGUUGAGAAACUCGUGAGUAUCACGGACUUUUUGAUCUCCAAAGCAAGUUGUAGACGAUAG